AUGCCUAUCCCCGUCCCCAAAGCCAACCGUCUUCUCGACCUCCUCAGCCUUAAGGGCAAGGUCGUCGUUGUCACCGGUGCCUCCGGUCCCCGCGGCAUGGGAAUUGAAGCCGCCCGCGGCUGCGCCGAGAUGGGCGCCGACCUUGCCAUCACAUACGCCUCCCGACCCGAGGGCGGCGAGAAGAACGCCAAAGAGCUCUCCGAAGAAUACGGAGUGAAAGUCAAGGCCUACAAGUGCGACGUGGGCAACUGGGAAAGCGUGGAUAAACUCGUGAAGGACGUGAUCAAGGAAUUCGGCAAGAUUGACGCCUUCAUCGCCAACGCCGGCCGCACCGCCGACAGCGGUAUCUUGGACGGCUCUGUCAAGGACUGGGAAGAAGUCAUUCAGACCGAUUUGACCGGCACUUUCCACUGUGCUAAGGCAGUGGGCGCACACUUCAAGGAGCGCGGCACCGGAAGCUUCGUCCUCACCGCAUCCAUGUCCGGACACAUUGCCAACUUCCCUCAAGAACAGACCUCUUACAACGUCGCCAAGGCGGGCACCAUCCACAUGGCCAAGUCGCUGGCGAAUGAGUGGCGCGAUUUCGCUCGUGUCAACAGUAUCUCGCCUGGUUACAUUGACACCGGAUUGUCUGAUUUCGUCGCCAAGGAGACUCAAGAUCUUUGGAACUCCAUGAUCCCUAUGGGUCGCAAUGGUGAUGCGAAGGAAUUGAAGGGUGCUUAUGUCUACCUGGUCAGCGAUGCCAGCACCUACACGACGGGCACCGAUUUGCUCAUUGACGGUGGUUACUGUGUGCGGUAA